ACAGAACAUUGGUUACAGCUGGUGAAGACACUAAUAUAUAUAUAUAUAUAUAUAUAUUAGUGUGCAGAAAUUUCACUUUUAAUUUAUCAGAUUUAGAAGAAAUAAUAAAUAAAUAAAAAAAAUACAAUAAGGAGAAUAAAUAUCUUUCGAAGCAUAAAUUGACAUUGCACUUUCUUUCUUUCAUUCAACCUCUUCUAAAGCGGUACGUACAUAUUAAAAAAUUAUAUUGGUCGGAAGAAAUACCCGAGACUUUAUGAAUAUAUUUAAUUUAAAUUUUUAAAACAAAUAAAAACACAUAUCAAUCAUGGCAGAAACCAAUGGAGAAAAUAAUGAGAGUGAAACGUUACGGAUGCUGAAGGCAUGUUCAUCAGAAGUCAAAACAAAUGGAGGACCUAGUCUGAUGAAUGGUGUACACAAUGGCGAAGAAGCAGAAGAAGGAGAAGAAGAAGACUUUAUAAGAGAAGUGAAAAAAUACGAUUUCAUUCGAUUGAGUUUUCCUGACGUGAAUGGAAUUCAUUUGAGUAAAUUAGUGUCGACAAGAUUUGCAAGAAAAGUUGCCAAAGGGUUAAGUGAAGUUUACUCAGGAUCGAUUACAACUGGACCUCGAGGUGAAGUAUUCGAUAUGCAAGAAAUUAUUGACAGAAAGCAUGUUAACAGUAAAGUGAAACCGGACUUUUCAACUUUACAUCCUUGUCCUUGGGUAUCAAAAGAGAAUUUCAGUAGUCACUCUUACAACGGUAACACAGACAAUGAUGAUAUCAACUCGAAAAAUCAAAAAUAUUCCGUCUGCGCUGUCCUAUGCGAUUUAGUCUGGCCAAAUAAUGAACUGGUUAAAGCUCAUCCAAGGGUUGUUGUAAAAAAUCUGAUUCGUGAACUACAAACCAAAUACAACUUGCGUUUGUUUUCUGCUUUCGAACCAGAAUUCAGAGUAUUCAAAAAGGGUACUUUUGAGACAGCCUGUUUAAAGCCAUCACCGGCGACGAAGAAACCGGAGUCGUGUUCCUUUAAUUUACCAAUACCGUAUACAAAGUUUAGUGAUAUUUACAGGACAAGUUUACUGUCAGUGUAUGAAGAUCUAUUCGCUGAUAUUGAAUACAAUAUGCAUUUGGCUAAAAUCAGUGUACAAGAUUAUAGUAAUGAAGACGGUGAAGGACAGCUGGAAUGCCCAUUGAUGCCGACGUGGGGAAUAUCCGCAGCGGAUAAUUACUUUAUAUUUAAGCAAGCUGUGAAAGAAAUCGGUGUGAAACAUGAUAUGGAGAUUUCAUUUAUGACGAGACCUUUGCUGAACAGCAGUUCCAGUGGUUGUCACUUUAAUCAUUCCUUGUGGUAUGCUGAUACUAAUCGUAAUGCAUUUUAUGACGAACAAGAUCCUGAUGGCCUGUCGACGCUUGCUCGUCACUGGAUUGCUGGCCUCCUAGAACACCUACCUGCAAUGCUGGCAAUUUGUUCACCGACUACAAAUUGUUACAGGCGAUUGAAUAAAUUCUAUGCACCUGGUCCAAUCAAUUGGGAUUUUCGUGACAGAUUUGUAGCAGUUCGCGUGAAGAAUUUCGGUGAAGCCAACACCUACAUUGAAAAUCGUAUUCCCUCAUCCGCUUCUUGUCCAUACCACGUGAUGGCUGCUACUUUAGCCGCUGGUCUAGAUGGUCUGGAUCGUAAACUCGAACCACCAGCUCCAGGGCAAAAACCAGAACUGGGAAAUCUUGUAAAAAUGCUACCAGGCACAUUUCCUGAUGCACUGCAAUGCUUGAAAGAUGAUAAGAUAUUUGUGAAGAAGUUGGGAACAGAUUUCUGUGACUGGUAUAUACGCAUGAAAGAGUGUGGUGAUUUAGCUUAUCUUGGCCAUUUAGAUAUUAAUGAUAAUCAGGAAGAGACGCUGGCUUUUGAAAGAUAUGAAUACCUAAAGUUUAGUUAAAUAAUAUUAAUAAUGAUAAUAAUAAUAUGUAAGCUAACAAUAAACUGUUUAUCAAGGGUAACAAUCAAAGAACCUUUACACUGUUUGAAUUUUUGAGUAGUCAUAUUUGUUGUUGUUGUUUUUUUUAAAUUUCUUCUGUUACCUUGUACAGUGAGUGACUUCUAAGUCAACAAAAAAACCAGAAAUGCUCUUCAAAAAUAAAAGACUCUUAAUCCAUCCCUACUAUUUUUACUGCAUAGUGGUGUUUUGUUGCCUAACUUUCUUGUCUAGCGGUCUGUGUAAAACUCCCAUGUUUUAUUCGCUAUUAUUAAUAGUACUUAAUUGUGAUAUUUUUCUAAAUACUUUCAAAUAAAUGCUCUUGUUCUUUUUCUCUCUCAUUGCAUCCUACUAAACUGAAACAUUUAACAUAGAUUAAAACGCGCGCGCGCGCCCGAAACCACACACACACGCACACACAUGCACCAACCAAUCAUGGACAGUAUUUAUAAAAUGCACAGAAUUUUCACCGGAGUUUAUUGCAUGAUAUUUUUCCCUUCGUACAAUCAAUAUCUUCAAGUAAAAUAUUAAUUAAUUGACAGUAGUACAUCCUGUGACACAGUGGUCUCUGAGCUGAAUCGCACACCCAUUCCAUUAUGAUAUAUCUGGCUUUUUCUCCUUCAAGAAAGCCACGAUAUCUAGUUGAAAGCCGAUUUGUAAGAUGUUCAGAAGUAGAUUUUGAGAACAGUAGUUAUCUUAUGUUGUAUUGGAACACGUUGCCCUCCACAAUCAGGCCAUUCCUCAAGUUUAUUAGCAGCUUGUGAAACAGAAGCUUGUAAACAUUUUAAAUACACACACAAGAGUAGAUUAUACCACUAGAGGUCAAUACUUCAGUUGAUUAAAACAAAGCGAAUGCGAGAAAAUAUAUAUGCAGUGGUGAGAUGGAAGUUUUUGGUAGCCGCCCAAGUUUUAAGCACAACAAGAAAUUUGCUGAUUAAGUUUUUUUUUCAUUAUCAGUUGGAACACAGGGUAGACGGCAGUACCGUUUAUUCAUUCGAACAGUUAUGAUGAACCUGUACUGUUGAUAUAACAAGCAUUAAUAAAUCUUCUUUUAUUAAAGAUGGUUGUUAUGUGUCUUUUUGAUCAUACCAACUGUUAGUUUAUUGCUGUUAUUCUGCAUUGUUUGAUAACUCAAUAAAUUAACUUGAUUUUCUUACAAGAAUUCCCUUUUUUAUUGAAUUUGAGCGAAGAAAAAACAAACAGUGGUGCAGAAUAACAUGGAUCCAUUUUAUGUUUCAUUGCUUCUCAUCAUCUGC